AUGCAUCCAAAGAAGUCCAACAGAAAGAACAACAAUCCACCACCGCCACCACCUACUCACUAUGAUCCUACUGUCUUCCAAGCAGUAGUAACAGCCGUUGUGGCUGCCGUUAUGUCACAAAUCAAUGCAAGUGGCACUAGCAGGGUGGGUAGUGGUGCCAAUCCUUCUAACCACAGAAAUAGUCGUGGACACCCUAAAGAGUGUUCCUAUAAGGACUUCACGAACGCUAAACCUCGAUCCUUCAAUGGCACUGGAGGUAUCAUAGCCUUAACGUGUUGGUUUGAGAAGACCAAAUCAAUAUUCAAAAUCUGUGCGUGCCCCAAGUCUAGCAAGGUGAAGUUUGUUGUGUAUACAUUCACAGACAGAGCUCUUACUUGGUGGAACAGCCAAGUCAAGUCCCUGACUCUCCCAAUAGCCAAUGCAAUGAGUUGGGAAGAUAUGAAAGAACAAAUGCUAGCGGAAUACUACCCGAGGGGCAAGAUGCAAAAACUGGAGCAGGAGCUCUGGAGUCUGAAGAUGAAUGGCUCCGAUAUUGCCGCUUACAUUGCUAGGUUCAGUGACCUGGCUCUUCUGUGUCCCGGGAUGGUCACGCCGGAAAGCAAGAAGGUGGAAAGAUACAUAUGA